GCGUGGAAGAGGCUUUUGCCCAAUCCCCGCGCGUGCUCCGCUUCCAAUCCUCCUCGCGGGGUGGCGCAGCCCACACCCGCCCCAACCCUAGCCGCCACACCUCUCCUUCCUCCCUCGCUUGACACCAUAGGCGCUGCACCCCCUCCCCUCCUCCUGCUCGGGCGGAUAGCCGCCGGCCGCCGCAUCCCUUCUCCCCCUUCCUCCUCCUUCCUCCUUCCCGCUGGCGCCCAUCGCCCUCGUCCUCGGACAAGGGGCCUUCCGCAGGGAUGGCCACGUCUUCAAACCAGGGGUAGAGGAGCAGGGGAGGGUCAAGAAGCCAGCACUGGGGGUGGAGCAGCCAGGCCAAGGAGGACCCAGGUGGUGGACGCGUCAUGGUGUUAAGGACAGGCCGAUGAUAGGGAUAAGUAGGAGGAGUGCCAUGGAUCUGCAGGGAAAGGAGGGCGAUGCCCUUGGCGGGUGUCCGAGCAGGAAGCCGGCGGGGAGCACAUCACCGUAGGCGUCAAGGGAGCCAUGGACAAGCCGCCAGGAGGAGAAAGCUCCUAGUUUGUGGAGGAGACUAUGUGACAGGUGUGUUUCUUCCUGUUUUUCUAACCCAUUUUCUCAUCUUUCCAUGACGACCUGCAAAUUUUUCAAGUUUUUCAGGUGGUGUUUUGGAAUCUAGAUUGAUUUGGUACUGUAUGUUGUGUGAUGUGCCCUUGCCAAGAAUAUUUGAUGUGUGUGAUGACACAAGCAAUUGUAGAGAUACAAACCAAGUGUAAUCAAAGAGGAUAUGGAUUCAGUACGGCCAUGAGUGAAGGAAUGUUCCUCCAAUUUGGAUCUUGGAGAAUGAUUUCUCAGUGUGGUUCAGGUUAAAUUGUUGUCCUACUGUUCCUGCUCAGCCUCCUAAUGUUCUAUGUCUUCGCCGCGCCUUCUUCCAGCUUCUCUAUUGGUUUUCUCUUCACACCGAUGCAAAUUACAUAUCAGGAGAGCCAUUUAUUAGAGGAUCUUCUAAAAGGCUUUUUACAUUUGGUUCCUGAUGUUCUGCUUCUCGGGCAGGCAGGGGAGGACGAGGCGAAGGGGGAUGGAGAAGUGGUCGAGCUGGAGGCGUACAGGCAGGGCACCCAGAAGACGGAGCUGUGCAACAAGUGGGAGGGCGGCGCCUGCUCCUACGGCGGC